ACGUGGUCUCUCAAACUGGAUUAAAAAAACCCUGUUGAUAUUUUUAUUUAUACUUUUUUAUUUUUGUAUUUGACUUAAAGUGCCAUGAAAAAAUUUGCAUAUUGCAAGGUGGUCCUUGCCACCUCUUUGGUUUGGGUCCUUCUGGAUAUGUUUCUAUUGCUGUACUUCAGUGAAUGCAAUAAAUGUGAUGAGAAAAAGGAACGAGGCCUGCCAGCUGGAGAUGUUCCAGAACCCAUACAAAAACCACAUGAAGGACCUGGAGAGAUGGGGAAGCCUGUGGUCAUUCCAAAAGAGGAGCAAGAGAAAAUGAAAGAAAUGUUUAAAAUAAAUCAAUUUAAUUUAAUGGCAAGUGAAAUGAUUGCACUCAACAGAUCUUUACCUGAUGUCAGGUUAGAAGGGUGUAAAACGAAGGUGUAUGCAGACAACCUUCCCACGACAAGCGUUGUCAUUGUGUUCCACAACGAGGCCUGGAGCACGCUGCUGCGGACCGUGCACAGCGUGAUAAACCGCUCCCCGCGGCACAUGCUGGAAGAGAUCGUCCUCGUCGAUGAUGCCAGCGAGAGAGACUUCUUGAAAAGACCACUGGAGAGUUAUGUGAAGAAAUUAAAAGUACCUGUUCAUGUGAUUCGAAUGGAACAGCGUUCUGGAUUGAUUAGAGCAAGAUUAAAGGGGGCUGCUGCUUCUAAAGGCCAGGUCAUCACCUUCUUAGAUGCUCAUUGUGAAUGUACAGUAGGCUGGCUUGAACCUCUGCUGGCAAGGAUCAAAGCUGACAGGAGGACAGUAGUGUGUCCCAUCAUUGAUGUAAUCAGUGAUGACACCUUCGAAUAUAUGGCAGGUUCUGACAUGACCUAUGGUGGAUUCAAUUGGAAGUUGAAUUUUCGUUGGUACCCUGUUCCUCAGAGAGAGAUGGAUCGACGGAAAGGAGACCGAACCCUCCCUGUUAGGACACCUACAAUGGCAGGAGGCCUUUUUUCAAUAGACAGAGAUUACUUUCAGGAAAUUGGAACAUAUGAUGCUGGAAUGGAUAUUUGGGGUGGAGAAAACUUAGAAAUUUCCUUCAGGAUCUGGCAGUGUGGUGGCACUUUGGAAAUUGUAACUUGUUCACAUGUUGGGCAUGUGUUCAGAAAAGCAACACCGUACACUUUCCCAGGCGGUACAGGGCAGAUAAUCAACAAAAAUAACAGGCGGCUCGCAGAAGUCUGGAUGGACGAAUUCAAAAACUUUUUCUACAUUAUUUCCCCAGGAGUUACUAAAGUUGAUUAUGGGGACAUAUCGUCACGACUUGGGCUAAGGCGCAAGCUCCAGUGCAAGCCUUUCUCCUGGUACCUGGAGAAUGUUUAUCCUGAUUCCCAAAUUCCACGCCAUUACUUUUCUCUGGGAGAGAUAAGAAAUGUGGAGACAAAUCAAUGUCUAGAUAACAUGGCAAGAAAAGAAAAUGAGAAAGUUGGAAUCUUUAACUGCCAUGGAAUGGGUGGCAAUCAGGUUUUCUCAUACACUGCCAACAAAGAAAUUCGAACAGAUGAUUUGUGUUUAGAUGUAUCCAAACUUAACGGCCCAGUAACAAUGCUCAAGUGCCACCAUCUAAAAGGAAAUCAGCUUUGGGAAUAUGAUCCAGUGAAAUUAACCCUGUUGCAUGUGAACAGUAACCAGUGCCUGGACAAAGCCACAGAAGAGGACAGCCAGGUACCCAGCAUCAGAGACUGCACCGGCAGCCGCUCCCAGCAAUGGCUGCUCCGCAAUGUCACCCUUCCAGAAAUAUUCUGAGAGGUUCUAAAGAAAAGCAAGGAUUGACUGGGCUACCUCGGCUGAUACUUUGGCUACGCUGUUAAGUAGCAACAGAAGAAACUUCAGUUUCUGAAUCCACAGUUCCUCAGCUGUUAGAACUCCUGCAGCUUCUCAGUAUCUGUGAACCAGCCUUCCUGUAUAAGGAUGUGAAACUACCACACAUAGCAGUGAAACUGUGCCCACUGAUGUUUACAGGAUUGAAAGAGUUUCUUCCAGCAAAUAAUUUAGAGAACCUUUGGACAGUGGAAGCAUAAUCAAUGAAAUAGUCUCUCUGAAGAGCUACAUAUCGUUUUAGUUUGCUUGCACAUCAGUAACCUCUGCUGAAAGUGCUGUUGUAAUGAAGAAAGUUUCAAGAAUUCUUUUUUUCCUGGUUAGCAGUGGUAACCAGACUACUAAAUAUAGAUCCACAAAUAAAUGAGAGAGCUGCAAACCAGAUUCAGUAUCAUGACAUAAGAAUUUUGUGGUUUAAAAGCAAAAAGUAAACAGGGUUUAAUGAAACUAAAGCAGAACUAUGAAAAGUACAAUUUGUUAUAGUGAAGUAUCAAAUUUAUAUGUAGAUUUUAUACCUCAGUGGGGGAAAAUAACCAAGUCAAAAGGCAAUUGUUUCUCUUUUUCAAUUGUGUGAUAGUCCAUAAAUACUUUUUUUGUCCUGGUGAGUCUAAAAUUAUUUUGGGCGCAAACAAAAAUGAGCAUAAGAAUAAAUUGAGCUCUUGAAUGUCAAAUCCACUUUCCUUUUAAUUUUAAUUUCUUGGCUGUUGGAAUUGUAUCUUUUUAUUACUGUCUGAAAACUGGAGGUUAACAUGCUGUCUAACUUUUUUUUUCCAGACCUGCCAUUUCAAUUUAUACUUGGGUCAGUCAGCUUAUGGACUUUCAUGGCCAAACAAAAGAUUUAAGUACACUUUGAGAUUAAGUUAACUUCAGUAUGCUUUAGCGCCCAAGACUUCUACUACUGUACUACAGUUUUGUUUUCAUAGCAAUAAAUCUUUUGUUCCUUGUUUGAUUUCAGUCAUCAGAAAGCCAGAAGAAAAGAUACGUGAUUUGCGUAGAGGAUUGGCAAAACGGAAGGUUUUCUGGAAUCCUUUUUCACUUCAUAUUCAGAUGUGCUUCAUUGUCAAGUGCAUAUUUAGAUUAGACUCUGAAUUGUAAUGUUGAUCUGCUGCUUUUUUCUAAUAAAACCUAAAGAAAAAUUGUGAAA